AUGUCCGGGCGUUUUGUUCGUUCCUCUAAAUACCGCCACGUCUUCGGGCGUUCGACGAGAAAGGAUCAAUGCUACGAUAACCUUCGAGUCUCGCGCAAUGCCUGGGACACCAACCUGCUCAAGGUCAAUCCCAAACAUAUCGCGGUCAAUUGGGAAGCAGGCGGCGGCGGUGCAUUCGCCAUCAUUCCUCUGGAAGAACGAGGCAAGCUCCCAGAGCGCAUCCCUCUGUGCCGAGGCCACACUGCCGUUGUUCUGGACACCGACUGGAACCCUUUUAACGAUGAUCUGAUCGCCUCUGGCUCCGAUGAUGGCAAGGUCUUGCUCUGGCGGGUUCCGGAGAACUUCACCGUCCGACCCGAUGUAAACGCCGAUGAUGUCCAGGAUCUCGCCCCCGUUGGCAAACUGAGCGGUCACCCCAAGAAGAUCGGCCACGUGCUCUUCAACCCCGCGGCGGAAAACGUGCUGGCAACGGCCUCGGGCGACUACACAGUGAAGAUUUGGGAUAUCGAGGCUGGCAAGCCCAAGCUCACCCUGAACAUUGGCGAUAUUGUCCAAUCCCAGUCAUGGAGUGCCAACGGCUCCCUGAUGGUCACUACCUCGCGUGACAAGAAGCUCCGCAUUUGGGAUGUGCGCCAGGAACGUCCUGCACACGAGACCAAUGGCCACACCGGUGCUAAGAACAGCCGUGCGGUUUGGUUGGGAGAACGCGAUCGUAUUGCCACAACUGGUUUCUCCAAGAUGAGUGAUCGCCAAUUGGCUCUUUGGGAUAUUCGGGCGGUCCGGGAACCCAUCAACGGUUUCAAAACCUUGGACUCCAUCUCCGGCGUGUGUAUGCCGUUCUGGGAUGACGGUACCAACUGCUUGUACCUGGCUGGGCGUGGUGACGGCAACAUCCGAUACUUCGAGCUUGAGAACGACAAGUUCGAGUUCCUCUCUGAGCACAAGUCCGCCGACCCGCAGCGAGGUGUUGCGUUCAUGCCCAAGCGUGGUGUGAACAUGCACGAGAACGAAGUUGCGCGAGCCUAUAAGACUGUGAACGAUCAAUAUAUCGAGCCUGUUUCAUUCAUCGUUCCCCGUCGCUCUGAGAACUUCCAGGACGAUAUCUACCCCCCGACUACUGGAGUUGCCCCUGCUAUGUCCUGCUCCGAAUGGCUGGGAGGCAAGGAGGCAAUCCCGCCUAAGAUCUCCAUGGCUAGCCUGUUCGAUGGCGAGGGUAUCAAGGAGGUUUCUGGGGCGGAGGAAAAGCCCACUGGUUCCAUUGAAUCCCCUGCACCCCAGGCUGCCGCCGAAUCCCCCAAGGCAGUCGAGACACCCAAACCUACCGAGGCACCCAAGAAAGCCUCUGAGCCCAGUUCGCCCAAGAUCUCCGAGCCUGUCCCCCAGCCCACCCCUGUUGCGCGUCCCGCUCCAUCCAUGAAGGACCAGGGUGCCUCUAUGGCCUCUAUGGUCGACAAGUUUGCUGACGGCGAGGAGGAGGGCAAUGUUUCUGACGAUGAUGACUCGAGCUUUGAAGAAGUCCCCAAGCCGGUGGAGCGUCCUGUCCGCUCCGCCGCCGCAACUGAGACUUCUUCUCCCCGGGUCAGCAGCCCGUUGAGGCCGAAGGAGGUUGAGACCAAGCCCCAGCCCAUUGUCUCUGUGAGUUCAGCGCUUCCGACGCCGAAACUGCCAUCUGCUAAUUCCCAUCAGUCUCCUACCAUCCCAUCUCCUGCCAGCGAGACCCCCUCCCUUUCUACUUCCGUUCCCAAGAACGACAUUGAGGAGAUUAAAAACUUGAUCGCCCAACAAACCAAGACGAUUGCUACUCAGGCUCAGCAAAUGCAAACUCUGACCGCUGAGAUCGAGGCUUUGAAGAGCAAGCUGAACUAA